AUGGCUCCUCAAGUUUGGUUCAUUACUGGCGCAUCUCGCGGUCUCGGCCGCUCUGUGACUGAGACAGUCUUGCAGAACGGCGAUAUCGUCGUCGCAACUGCCCGCAGCACAUCCGUCUUCUCCGAUCUCACAUCCAAGUACCCCGAAUCCCAACUCCUUGUCCUCUCUCUCGAUGUCUCGAACGUCGAUGCAAUCAAGGCUGCUUUCAAGGCUGCGACCGACAAGUUCGGACGCAUCGACGUUGUCUACAACAAUGCUGGUGCCUUCACUGUCGGAGAGGCCGAGGCUAUCCCCGAAGCCGAUGCCCGCAAGCUGUUUGAUGUAAACUUCUGGGCUGCUUCCAACGUCGCUCUCGAGGCCGUCAGAGUCCUCCGUGAGGUGAACAAGCCCCAAGGAGGUCGCAUCAUCACCAUCGGCUCUGCUACUGGCUUCGCACCGUUGCCUGGCUCGAACUACUACGCCGCAUCCAAGUUCGCAAUUGAAGGGUUCAUCGAUGCGCUUAGCAUGGAACUCGACCCUGCCUGGAACAUCAGGCUCACCCUUGUUCGCCCGGGUGGAUACGACACGGGCUGGGAAAAGGGCGCCCAAUUCUACCCCGCCCACCCUGCUUACACUGCUCCACACAUGCCGACAGAGUUCGGUCGCCAGUACAUGAAGACGUUCAAAGGUUACGAGGGCGACCCAGUCAAGUUCGCGCAGACUGUCUACUUCAAGGUCGCCAAGGCCGAGAAUCCCCCGUCGAAAUUGUCGCUUGGAUUGGACUGCGUUGGCAUGGUCGAGGGAAAGUUGAAGGCUAUUUCCGACGAGGCCGAAAAAUACAAGAGCUGGUCUGCCGGGCUGAACAAGUCCGACCCCCCUUUGAACUUCGCUUGA